GAAAAAUGGGCAACAAUGAAGAUCAAUAUUAUGGGUAAUUAUGAAUCACAAUCAUCGGCGCUGAGAAUCGUUAAAGGAAACAUCCCAUCUGUUUUGCACUUGUAGAGAUCCUUCUUCUUCAACAUUUUUAUUAUACUUUACAUUAGAAUUCAUCAGCAUCUGCUGAAACUCCACUUCGAAUCUUUCCUCGAUUUCAGGGCUGUGAAAGCUUCGGAUUUGUGGGCAAGAAGAUAACUAAUGAAAGGGGAAGUACAAUUGGAGUCAUCAAUUGGCCAAAGCCCUAGUGAUUCUGAUCCUCUGCUUGAGAAUCAGACCGAUUCAUCAUCUCACGGAGCCUCUGAUGAGAUUAAGGAUGAGGAUACUGAAGCUGGUUCAAUUCCUUGUUGUCGUAUUUGCUUAGAGAGCGAUGCCGAACCAGAAGAUGAACUGAUUUCUCCAUGCAUGUGCAAAGGCACACAGCAGUUUGUCCAUCGAUCUUGUCUUGAUCAUUGGCGCUCCGUUAAGGAAGGGUUUGCUUUCUCGCAUUGCACAACAUGUAAAGCCCAAUUUCACCUGAAAGUUUCCUUAUUUGAGGACAACUCUUGGCGUAAAGUUAAAUUCAGGCUUUUUGUUGCAAGAGAUGUUCUCCUUGUAUUUAUAGCUGUACAAACUUUAAUAGCGGCAAUGGGUGGUUAUGCAUAUAUUAUGGACAAAGAUGGGGCGUUUAGGAAUUCUUUCAGUGAUGGAUGGGAUCGUAUUCUGUCUAAACAUCCUAUUCCAUUUUAUUAUUGUAUCGGGGUCCUAGCCUUCUUUGUUCUGCUUGGAUUCUUCGGGCUCAUACUACAUUGUUCCUCCCUUAAUAGCAAUGAUCCAAGAGUUGCUGGGUGUCACAACUGUUGCUAUGGAUGGGGAAUCUUGGAUUGUUUCCCUGCUUCAAUGGAGGCCUGUUUUGCACUCGUUAUUGUUUUCGUUGUUAUCUUUGUAAUCCUUGGCAUAGCUUACGGUUUCCUUGCUGCUACUAUGGCUAUUCAAAGGAUUUGGCAAAGGCAUUAUCACAUUCUCACAAAAAGGGAACUGACUAAAGAAUAUGUGGUGGAGGAUCUUCAUGGAUGUUAUACACCUCCAAAAUUGGAACCAGAACAUGAACAGCACUUGAAAAUGCUACAGCUUCUGUAAUGAAAUGGCAAAUGAAGUGGUUCAAUUUCUGUCAUUUUGUUUGUUAUGUUCUUUUCUUUGAGAAAGAUACAAUGUGCAUUUGCUUGACAACAUUGUUAUAAAUGAGCAAUGUGGAAAUUAGAUUUUAACUAAUUUGUUUUCUGA